CGUACAGGUAUGCUUUAAAGGCGUUGUCCCAAUGAGCAAAGUUGGUAAAAUCACAUGUGUACCUCAUACAUAUAUGUAAUAUAUGUGAGUAUAUUUGGGAUACUUUUAUGUAAAAUAUCAUUCCCCUUCUCCCCCAUAGAUCUGAUCACUUACUUCACCAAAAUAUGAAUGUUGUGAUUUCUGGACAUGUUGGGCUGUGUUGUUAGCAAUAAAUUCUUAAGAUACUUUACUUAUAGGAUAAAACAUGUCAUCUCAGAGCGGGAGAAUACAGACUGUUUUAGGGCUUAUCCAUCCAGAUGAGCUUGGAUACACCAUGACACAUGAACACUUGACCAUGACUUUCCAGUGCUGUUAUUGUCCACCACCCGCACAUCAAGCCCACUUGGAUGGCGCACCCAUCGAAAUGAAGAACUUGUUUUGGUUAAAGCAAAAUCCAUACAGUAAUAAAGAGAAUCUUCUCCUAAAUGAAGAGGUGGAUGCAGUUAGAGAAGAGCUUGUUGCUUUUAAGGCCGCAGGUGGAGGCUGUAUAGUGGAGAACACUACUACUGGGAUCAGCAGAGACGUGAAGACGCUAAAAAGACUCGCACAGGAAACUGGUGUUCAUAUUGUCUCAGGAGCUGGCUUCUACGUGGACGCGACUCACAGUCCGGAAACUCGGUCAAAGUCUGUGGAGCAGCUGACUGAGAUCUUGGUUGAUGAAGUUCUCCAAGGAGCAGAUGGGACAGAUAUAAAAUGUGGAAUAAUCGGAGAGAUCGGAUGCUCCUGGCCAUUAAGUGACAGUGAAAAGAAAAUUCUUCAGGCGACUGCUGAGGCUCAGACACAGCUUGGAUGUCCUGUGAAUAUUCAUCCUGGCAGAAACAGUGAGGCCCCUUUCCAGAUUGUGCGCAUCCUGCAGGAGGCAGGGGCUGAUAUCUCCAAGACUGUGAUGUCUCAUCUUGAUAGGACGAUAUUUGAUGAGAAAAUACUGCUGGAGUUUGCCGCACUAGGGUCGUACCUGGAAUAUGAUUUAUUCGGAACGGAAAUGCUAAACUACCAGUUCAAUAUGAAGGUGGACAUGCCCAGCGAUAAUGACAGGAUCAGAGCGCUCCGCUUUUUGAUCAGUGAAGGCUACGAGGAGAGGAUUGUCAUUUCCCAUGAUAUACAUACAAAGAACCGGCUGGUGAAAUACGGAGGACACGGAUACUCACACAUCCUAAACAACAUUGUACCCAAAAUGCUUGUGAGAGGCAUAUCCCAGCAGAGCAUCGAUAAAAUAUUGUUAGAGAACCCCAGAAGAUGGCUGACCUUCAAGUAGAGGAUGUGUAUGUUAAGCUCCCUGUCCCUUCUCUGCCAAUGUUUUCCAUCCAAGUUAUCUGCUGAGCGGUUGCUAGGCAAAGGCUGUGGUUGUCUGGCACUGUAUCCCUAGCAACCAGUCUGUUGGCAUCAUGAUACUGUGCAGAGGC